AUGAGAGAUCCGAAUCGAAAAUCGGAUUAUGACAAAGUUAUUCUUGAAUAUUUGUCUCUGGGUCAUAUGGAGAAAGUAGAAGGGUUUGUCAACUAUCAAAAUUGUUUUUACUUGCCCCAUCAUGGCGUAUUUAAGCCCGAAAGCGUAACGACGAAGUUGAGAGUAGUCUUUAACGCUUCGUGUCCCUCGGUAGACGGCAAAAGCUUAAACGACGAGUUGUAUGUUGGCCCUUCGCUUCAAAAGGACAUAGUUUCGCUCGUUUUGAAUUGGCGCUUAUACAAAUAUGUAUUUAAUGCGGACAUUUCUAAAAUGUAUCGCCAAAUUUGGAUUAACCCAUUGCAUUCCAAAUAUCAGCGCAUUCUAUUUCGAUCUUGCCCGGAAGAGGAAGUUUCUGAUUACCAGUUAAAGACAGUAACAUUUGGCGUCAAUUGCGCUCCUUACUUGGCUCUUAGGACGCUGUUGCAACUGGCUGAUGACGAGGAGCAUCGCUUUCCCAUUGGUUCCAAAAUUCUACGAAACAAUAUGUAUGUAGAUGAUGCGUUGGUAGGGGUGCAUACUGUCUCAGAAGGUUUAAGAGCGAGAGAAGAAUUGAUAAAAAUUCUUUCAUCAGCCGGGUUUGGUCUCCGGAAGUGGACGUCUAAUUCUAGAGAAAUUUUGGAUGGUCUUGCUCGUGAGCAUCUGUUAAAUGAAGAUUUUCUUGAUCUGGGUGACAAGAGUUCUGCGAAGACAUUAGGUAUUCGAUGGAAUGCCUCAUCAGAUAGUUUCUACUUCGUUAUAGAUACAAUUCAAGAAAGAAGUUCUUACACGAAGCGACAAGUGUUGUCCAUUAUAGCGAAGAUUUUUGACCCUCUGGGCUGGCUCGCGCCGAUUGUAAUAACUGCGAAAAUUCUGAUGCAACAGUUAUGGCUAGAUGAGAUUGGAUGGGACGAUCCAUUAAAGCCUCUUACUCUGAUAAACUGGAAGAAUUUUGUCUCUACUUCGUCAGGAAUCGAAGAGAUUAGAAUACCUCGCUGGGUAAAUUACUCUCCAAAUUGCAAUAUUGAAUUGCAUGGUUUCUGUGACUCGUCAGAAUCGGCUUACGCUGCUGCGUUAUAUUUGAGAGUUGAAGUUGGUACUGAUGUCUAUACGAAUUUGCUCGUUGCGAAGUCCAAAGUGGCGCCGUUGAAGAAAUUGUCCUUGCCACGGUUGGAACUCUGUGGGGCCUUUCUCUUAGCCGAGCUAGUCGAUUCCGUUCUGCCUCAGUUGGAUAUUCCAAAAGCCUCUUUGUUCGCUUGGUCGGAUUCGACUAUCGUUUUGUCUUGGCUCAAGAAACCAUCUUACUCUUGGACGACGUUUGUGGCAAAUAGGGUGUCUAUUAUUCAGGAGAAGGUAGGGAGCGACUGGUAUCAUGUCCCUACAGAUGAGAAUCCGGCAGAUUUAGCAACCCGGGGGCGGACUCCUUUAGAGCUAAAGGAGUGUGGUUUAUGGUGGCAUGGACCAAGCUGGCUCAAAUCGCCGAGAAGUGAAUGGCCCUCAGGCGCGGUUAUAUCCGAAACAACCCUUGAAGCUAAACCUGUAAAAGUUCAUCUUGCUCGAUCUGCCGUAGAAGAAGAUAUAUUGGAAAGGUUUUCUCGUCUCUCCACUGCAACUCAUGUCAUAGCGUACAUAUUUCGGUUUGUCCAAAGGACACAUCCAAAAACCAAGAAAACCGUUUGUUUUGAUAGCAUUAAAUUAACCGCAGAUGAAAUUGGCUUUGCUCGUCGCCGUUUGAUGUCUCUUUCUCAAAGAAUCUACUUUCCUUCGGAGUAUGAUUGCCUCCAUAAAAAUCGAAAACUUGAUUCUGGUAGCCCUCUUUUGUCGCUAAAUCCCUUUCUCGACAAAGAUGGUCUUAUUCGAGCUAAUGGACGUUUGAGUUCUACCCUUUCUCUACCGUACGAUGAACGGUACCCGAUUAUUCUUGCCCCAAAGAGCAGAUUUGCUGCACUGUACGUGGAUCAUGUUCACCGUAUGACCAACCAUGGUGGCAUUCAGCUGACUCUGGCUACAACGCGCCUCGAAUGUUGGAUCAUACGAGGCCGAAACUUAGUAAAAACCCACUAUCGACAUUGCACGAAGUGCGUUCUGGCUCAGAAGAAACGACAAACGCAGCUGAUGGCUGCUCUUCCUCCCGAGAGGACUACCUUUACCCGGCCGUUUUCCACAUCAGGGGUCGAUUUCGCUGGCCCUAUUGAAAUUAAGAACUUUAGUGGCAGAGGUUGCCGCAUUUCCAAGGGUUACAUUUGCUUGUUUGUGUGCUUCGCCACCAAGGCGAUACACUUAGAACCUGUCAGUGAUCUCUCCACCCCUGCCUUUAUUGCCGCUCUGUCCCGAUUCGUUGCCCGGCGUGGAUGCCCUCGUCAUAUUUACUCGGACAACGGUAAGAAUUUCGUGGGUGCAGACCGUGAAAUUCGUUCUAAUUUGAUGAAGAUUGUCGCAGAGGCGAAGGACGACUCCCUUACUCGUUACGGCUUCCAGAAAUUGGAGUGGCAUUUUAACCCCGCCGCAGCUCCACAUAUGGGUGGGCUGUGGGAGGCGGGGGUUAAAAGCUGCAAGAGUCACCUGAAGAAAAUCUCGGGACAAAUUCGUCAUACAUUCGAAGAAUUAUCCACUAUCCUUGCUCACAUCGAAUCGUGCCUAAACUCCAGGCCUCUUACUCCCCUGACAGAUAGCAUCGAUGAUAUCAGCGCCCUUACUCCAGGUCACUUCCUCAUCGGUGGACCAUUACUAGCGCCAGCUGAACCCGACGAGGUAGAAAAUAAAACUUCUCUUUUGAACCGUUGGCGACGGUUGAAAUUGAUUGCCCAGGAGUUCUGCAGACGAUGGAAGUCCGAAUAUCUCAAGGAGCUUCAAAGGCGAACAAAGUGGAAACUGCCUCGAAAUGACCUACAGGUUGACGAUAUUGUGGUGCUACAUUCUGACUCACUUGCUCCAAAUGAGUGGCGCAUGGGUCGCGUGAUGAGUUACAAUGAUGCCUUUAAGUGCCCACUUUGUCACACUCGGCACUCUUUCCGACACUGUCGCAGCUUUCUUCAGGCGACGCCUUCAGCGAAGGACGCCAUUGUGCGCAAGUAUCAAGGCUGCGUAAAUUGUCUUGGCCUGGGUCAUCGCGUUAUUACUUGCCCUUGGAACGAAGGCUGUCGGGUAUGCAAUUUGGCCCAUCACACCUGGUUGCACCCUCUUGAUGUUAACCGGGAGGUUUGGUUACGUAUGACCGCCGAAGUCAUGAUGCAUCUCCCGGGACUGGAUGAGACACCAAGGAAAGUUCGUGUCCUUAUCGACCCUCUUUACGAUGAAAGCUCACUCGCACUGGGCUCUCCCAGCAAUUUUGUGAUGUACCCGAGCCCUGCCACUGUUGUGCUGACAUCGACAAACAACAAUGUUCGGACGUACACCGCCAAACUUAACGUCGAGCUUGAGUCCGAGUUGUUAUCGCCACGUCACGCCGUCGAUUUGCAGUGCGUAAAAAAAGUUUACCCAAAGAAGGCGAUAGCGGAUCCCCAUUUUGAAACACCGGGAAAGUAUAAUGUGGUCUUGGGAAAAUCAGCAUCUAAUGGAAUUUUCUUGGGCCUACCCAUCAUUGAACCAGGCAUGCCGUACGCUCAAAACACCAUCUUUGGCUGGACCUUUUUCGGCGACGUUGCCCGGAAGAAGUAA